AUGCCAGGGAAACGCAGCACCAAAACCCCAGUGCCAGAGGAUGGGUCUCCUGGGAGGAAGAAGGUUAAAGUGACCCACCCAUCCCACUGCACACAGCCUGGGCUGGUGCUGACGCUGGGACAGGGAGAUGUUGGCCAGCUGGGCCUGGGGGAGGAUGUGAUGGAGAGGAAGAAGCCAGCCCUGGUCACGCUGCCGGAGAUGGUGGUGCAGGUGGAAGCUGGAGGGAUGCACACGGUGUGCCUCAGCCAGUCGGGAAAGAUCUACACCUUCGGCUGUAACGAUGAAGGUGCCCUUGGACGUGACACCUCAGCAGAAGGGUCUGAGACCACUCCAGGGCCAGUGGAGCUGCAGGAGAAGGUGGUGCAGGUGUCAGCAGGUGACAGCCACACAGCUGCACUGACAGAGGACGGCAGAGUCUUUGUCUGGGGCUCCUUCCGGGAUAACAAUGGGGUGAUUGGCUUGCUGGAACCCAUGAAGACAUGCUCCGCUCCUGUGCUACUCCAGCUCAAUGCACCUGUGGUUAAAAUAGUCUCAGGGAAUGACCACCUGGUGAUGCUGACAGUGGAUGGUGACCUGUUCACAUGUGGCUGUGGCGAGCAGGGCCAGCUGGGCAGAGUUCCUGCGCUCUUUGCCAACCGAGGAGGAAGGAAAGGGCUGCAGCGGCUGCUGGUCCCCCAGCUCGUCCCUGUCAGAGGCAAAGGGAAAAGGGGCAAAAUGCGCUUCCAGGAUGCCUUCUGUGGGGCAUACUUCACCUUUGCUGUCACACAGGAGGGACACAUCUAUGGAUUUGGCCUCUCCAACUACCACCAGCUGGGGACCCAGGGCACCGAGCCCUGCUUCUCCCCCCAGAACCUCACCUGCUUCAAGAACUCCACCAAGUCUUGGGUCGGGUUCUCUGGAGGGCAGCACCACACUGUCUGCGUCGACUCUGAGGGCAAAGCCUACAGCCUGGGCAGGGCAGAGUAUGGCAGGCUGGGCCUCGGGGCAGAGGAGAAGAGCACACCCACAGUGAUCCCAGAGCUCCCCAGCAUCGCCUCGGUCGCCUGUGGCGCAUCAGUUGGCUACGCUGUCAGCAGUGAUGGACGAGCAUUUGCCUGGGGCAUGGGCACCAACUACCAGCUGGGCACAGGGGAGGAGGAGGAUGUGUGGAGCCCAGUGGAGAUGACAGGCAAACAGCUGGAGCACCGCCGGGUGCUGGCCGUGUCCGGGGGUGGGCAGCACACGGUGCUGCUGGUCAGGGACAUGGAGCAGAGCUGA